AUGGUUGCACCUUUGAUUCUCAUGCAAAUCGAUAAUGGAGACCUGCAUGACCCUGAAGGUCAUCUGUGUAGUGCAGCAGGAGGUUAUUAUCGUUCAUGGAUGGAUAAACCUCAUUUGGAUCCCAACACCAAAUUGCUUACGGAAGAAUACGUUCAAGGGAUUAAAGAAUUCAUGAGGCUUGUUCAACAACAACCGGAUGCCAAAAAUGGGUUUUCACGUAAUUAUAAAGUUUGGUAUCUUCGGGAAACUGGUUAUGAAUAUGGUAGUACUAGCGAACCUCAGCCUGUUAGUGAAUUUCAGCCGGAUAUUAGGUUAGAAGAAUCUAGAACGGAUAUAGAUUAUGGUGUAGGAAAACAACCUUUGUAUCAAAAUUGUAGAGAUGGUCAUUCAGCCUUAUCAUCUGCAACUAGAUUAAUGGGUAUUAAGACAGACUAUAAUUUGGCUGAAGAAUGUAUGGAUGCGAUUACUGAUUUUGUCAAAGGCAUUCUACCUGAGGAUAAUGUUGCACCGGGUUCAUACUACGAAGUUCAGAAACUGGUUGCCGGUCUUCAACUACCGUACGAAGUGAUAGAUGUAUGUAUUGACAACUGCAUGAUCUACUGGAGAGCGGAUGAGACACAGAAUGAAUGCAAAUUUUGUGGGAAACCUCGUUUCCAGGAGACGAGGGGAAGAGUUCCGAUCCCGUUCAAAAGAAUGUGCCCAUUUGGAAAGCAUGGAAGACAGUAUUCUCUUUGGCCAGUUAUUGUGACACCGUACAACCUACCGCCGAGCUUGUGCAUGCGACGAGAGUUUUUGUUCCUCUCAAUUCUCGUCCCCGGGCCAGAGCAUCCUAAAAGAUCACUAGAUGUGCUUCUUCAACCACUGAUAUAUGAGUUGCAACAACUAUGGGCGCAUGGUUCUGAGACAUACGAUGUUUCGUGCAAAGAAAACUUUCAUAUGCGGGCAGUACUUAUGUGGACAAUAAGUGACUUUCCAGCAUAUGGUAUGUUAUCUGGAUGGACAACACAUGGGAGACUAUCAUGUCCAUAUUGUCAAGAUGACACAGCUGCUUUCCAACUAAAGAACGGAAGGAAAACGUGUUGGUUUGACUGUCACAGGCGAUUUCUACCACCUGAUCAUCCAUACCGCAGGAGUAGGAAUGCAUUUACGAAGAACAAGCAGGUGUUUGAUGGUCCACCUGUGGAAGUUAGUGGGGAAGAUUUGUUGAAGCAGUUUAGGUAUUUUGAUGCAGAAAGGACGCCAGAUGUAGGUGGACAUGAAAACAUUCGAGUCAGUGCGGUUGGAGAGCUACAUAACUGGCACAAAAAGAGUAUUUUCUGGGAUCUGCCAUAUUGGGAAAGUCAUCUAUUGCGGCAUAAUUUAGAUGUCAUGCAUAUUGAGAAGAACUUCUUCGACAAUCUGAUGAACACAGUCCUUAACAUCCAAGGUAAAACGAAGGAUAACUUGAAGUCAAGGUUGGAUUUAGUCGAUAUCUGUGAUCGUCCUGAACUUCAUGUGGAUGAGAAUGGUACGGCCCCUUUUCCCAUUUAUCGUCUGGAUGGUGCUAGAAAAGAAGAGUUCUUUGAUUGGAUUACAGAUAAAGUGAAAUUUCCUGACGGAUAUGCAUCAAAUUUGGGGAAUUGCGUUGAUAGAAGCGAAAGAAAGUUUACUGGCUUGAAGAGUCAUGAUUGUCAUGUAAUUAUGCAGCGCCUCCUUCCGUUUGCUUUUUCAGCAUUAUUGCCACGUAAUGUUCAUGAAGCAAUUGCAGGGAUAAGUGUUUUCUUCCGCGAUUUAUGCAGCAGAGUAGUGACUGAAGAGGGUAUUAAUAAUUUGAAGACAAACGCACCAGUCAGCAUGUGCAACCUCGAGAAGAUAUUUCCUCCAUCAUUCUUUGAUGUUAUGGAACAUCUUGUUAUUCAUCUCGCAAGAGAAUUGGAACUUGGUGGUCCUGUGCAGUACAGAUGGAUGUAUAUUUUUGAGCGUUAUAUGCAUCAUCUGAAGAAGAUGGUCAAAAAUUUAAGCCGGGUGGAAGGAUCUAUAGUGGCACAGGUGAUCAAUGAAGAAACUGCAAUCUUUGCUGAAAAUUAUUUUCCACCAGAAGUGCAUACAAAACAUCGAAGACCUUCUCGGCACAAUGACAGAGGAGAGAGCAACAUAUCAUGUUACUGUCCCAAGCAUGUUCAAGGAAAUAGGACGACUUAG